AAUCAAUUUAUACUUUGCAUCCCCACACCGAGCAGAAAGAGAGAGAGAUAGAGAGAGAGAAUGGAGAAGCUUCGGUGCCAGAGAAUCGGGUGCUCCGCCAUGUUCACGGAAGAUGAUAAUCCAGACGGUUCCUGCACAUAUCACGAUUCGCCUGUAUUCCAUGAUGGAAUGAAAGAAUGGAGUUGUUGCAAGAAACGAAGUCAUGAUUUCAGCUUAUUCCUAGAAAUUCCUGGAUGUAAGACAGGCAAACACACAACUGAAAAACCAAUUGAGCCACCAGCAGCUGCUAGAGCAAAGAAACCAAUUUCUGCACCAGCUCCUGCAACUGAUAUAUCUACAAAGGAAGCUUGCUCUAGGUGCCGCCAGGGAUUUUUUUGCUCAGACCACGGUUCACAGGCUAGAGAAAUGAAUCCAAAACCAACAGAUGCAGUACAAGUUACUUCUGCUGAAGGCAAUACUGAUUCACAGGAAGGUUUUUCUGCUCCAUCAAAGAAGAUAGCUGAUAUAAACCAGCCUCAAACUUGUAAAAAUAAGGGAUGUGGUAAAACAUUUAAGGAGAAGGAUAAUCAUGACGCUGCAUGCAAUUACCAUCCCGGGCCAGCUGUCUUCCACGACCGGAUGAGAGGGUGGAAAUGUUGUGACGUUCAUGUAAAGGAAUUUGAUGAGUUCAUGGACAUAUCACCUUGCGCCACUGGGUGGCACAAUGCUGACCCCGUGCCAUAACGAGCACAAACAAGCAAAGAUGAGGUGGCUCCUUUCUUGCUCUUCUCGUUAUUUUGUGGGUUUGUAUGGUCAAAUAUGUACUGUUGCUAUUUAGACAAAUUAAACCUGUGUUGUGCUAAUUUAUUAGCGUCUCCAUCAUUCAUAAGCGUUAAAAUUAAAAGCAGACUCACAAUUACUGUUCCUUGAAAGUACUAUAAUUUUCAUGUGAAACUACGAUGGUUGCUUCAUUAUUCCACAUAAUAAUUC